CGUUGGCGCCUCACAGUCGGUCGUUGCUUCUUCUUCCCGGCCUGGCAUUUCUUCACUCCCUCCCUCUCGACCUUUCGUUUUCGACUGAAAGAUUCAGAGCAGAAACGGAGGGGAUUGACGAACAAUGCCAGCCAUAACUCUUUCACAGUUCACAUUUCGUCCUCCUUCACCCUCUUCAUCUCCCAAAUCCGUACCUACUUGUUUGGUUUCUCUUAGCUCUCCUUGCAGGAAGCUGUCUUCUAAACUCUCGCUUCAUGAAUCUAUUCCCGUUCUUUUCAGGUUUUCAAGUGGUUGCCAGGCCACAACUCGCAAAGAGAGGUAUUGGCGCAAAUCAGAAGUGGUUUCAAAAUAUUACGAUCGCCAAGAACUUCUUCAUCGUGACUACUGCAGCUGUGAAUUAUCUACAAGAUCAGUAACUGUUAUGGAUAAUCCUUGUGCCUUUGAGAAGUCACUGGCAAAGGGAGUUCAUGAAAAUAUAGAUAACCAUGAAUCUAGCAGUGCAGUCAGCAGUUCAGUUAUGAAGUUUAUGCUCCUGUCUGGUUUCUUCAUACUUCAAAACUCUCAGCAGGCAUUAGCCGGUUCAGAUGUUGCUACUGGGUUGCAGUCAGUCCCUCUUCUGGGAGACCUUGGUGAUAUUAGCACAGGUUUUGCGUCAGCGUUUUUGCUAAUCUUUUUCUCAGAACUAGGGGACAAGACUUUUUUCAUUGCAGCUCUUCUAGCAGCUAGGAACUCUGCUGCUAUUGUUUUUGCUGGAACUUUUGGUGCACUUGCGUAUGUUAUUUCACCAUGGCUGACUAUGUAUUUUUGUUUUUCAUUGCCACACCCCUUCGGACAAAUUCGUAUCUGUUAUCCAAUCCCAUUUGACAUAGAAUUAGCUCUUCUAGCAGCUAGGAACUCUGCUGCUAUUGUUUUUGCUGGAACUUUUGGUGCACUUGCUCAGGUGUAUUUUGGAGUUACGACUUUGCUUGAUGCCAGCUCAAGCGAUGGACUAAAGGCAGAAGAUGAGCAGAAGGAGGCAGAGUUGGCUGUCUCAAAGUUCUCAGGAAAUGGUGCUGGGAUAUUAGCUGCUGCCAGUACUGUCGUCAGCACCUUUGCAUUAGUAUUUGUUGCUGAGUGGGGCGACAAGUCAUUUUUCUCUACAAUUGCCCUUGCUGCUGCUUCUUCACCCCUCGGAGUCAUUGGAGGUGCACUAGCUGGUCAUGGUGUUGCAACAUUGCUUGCAGUUCUAGGAGGUUCUUUGCUAGGGACAUUUUUAUCAGAGAAGAUUAUUGCAUAUGUUGGAGGUGUUCUUUUUCUCGUCUUCGCUGCCGUAACUUUAGUCGAGAUAGUAAACUAGAAACUGUAAUAUUUGGAACUCUUUUCUUGACAUGAUUUGUGAAUUAACUUGUUUUCUUUGUGGAAUAAAGAUAUAUAUCUUAGCAAAGAUUUAUGGGUUA